AUGAAUCGAUUAUUACUCGAGAAUAGCAACCAAGAGGUUCUAGCAUUUAACCCAGCUUCUGAUAAUGAUCUCCAGCUUCAAUGGAACAUAGGGGCAUCAGCUAUUAUAUGGAAAACCCCUCAAAAAGCAUCUGACCUUCGAUUAUAUACGUCGACUAUGACCCAAGAAAAAGAGCCUGAUUUGCCAACAAGACGCUUGCUUUUUCGUAAGAUUAUCAAAGCUUUUGAUAUCAAGAAUUAUAAUCUUAUAGAAUCAGGGAAGUAUAUAAAGCAAUUGGAAUAUCAAUUGGAUACUGUUAUACCUAAGAAAAGACAUAAGAUUAUUAUUAGUCCAAAUACCAGGUUUUCAGGGAUUAGAGCUAUUAAGGAGACGCAAAUCAUAGCUGGAGACCAUGGAAUUAAUACAGAAGAUAGCAAUGAUACAAUUGAGAGUGGUGGUACAGGCGAUUUUAUUGAAAUUGGAUAG